AUGGCACCACCCUCCCAUCUGCUGACAGGCCAGGUUGGUGCGGAGAAAUGGCACAAGGACGCCCACUCAACAGUGCAAGAAACGACCAAGUUGACCAAGCGCUGUGGCAAGGAGGCGCUUGAGCUGUGGUGUCCAGCCCCAGCCCCAGGCCAGCCUGAGGAGACACCUUAUGAGCACAAGAUGAAGACUGACUCCUGGAAGUUCAAAAUGGAUGUCUUAGCAACUGGAGAGGUGACAAGGAAGCCCCCUGAGGGACCAGGGGUAACCUUAUGGAAAAGCAAAAUCAAGCCUCCCCCAUGGGUCUGCAAACUGGCCUUGCCAUGCUUCCGAGAUUACAGCAAUACCAAGAACAAUGAAUUUGUGGCCAAGUACGUCAGGGAUACCCGCCUGGUGGUGAGUCGUCUGCGCCAGGCUCUUGUCGAGAUUAAUGAGCAGUUCAAAGGGAUGGUGCGUAUGCGAGAGAGGCUUGAUGCUAUGCUGGACAAAAUUCGCCAGGGCCUUGUGACCAACAAACAAAGCCAAGUCAUUCGGGAACACCGUGCAGAAUCAGAGAAGGUUCCUGAUAAAGUGGAUGCAUUGAUGAAAUGGGAGAAGGAGGAGUUUCAGAAACAGAAAGCCAAACUGGAGGGGAUGAUGGCAAUGUCAGAAGACCAUCUCAAGGCACUGGGAACAUGCAGGCAAAACCUGAACACGCUGUGUGGAGAACGUGGCCGUGUGCUGGACCUGGUGCCACAACCGCUGCGCACGGUUCUUCUAGGGGCUGGGCGUGAUUCCUGGCUUGGACUGAGCCGGCCCUCAUCCCCCUGGGUGGAGCGAAAUGAGACACCGCAACCUGACCCCAUUGGACCCUUCACUCCAGAGUGUGCAGCAGCUCUAGAAGAGGCCCGACGCCUCACUAUUCUUACCAAGAAAGUGUUACUUCAGUUGCAAAAGGCCCUUGAUGAGGCACAGGACGUACGCAACACAGCGCACACCACCAUUGAAAGCAGCCUGCAAGGCAAGAGAGAGGAGACUCUCACUCAUAAGGAACGGUUUGACAUGGCCCUAGGAGGAACACGUAGCACCCUGCACCGCUGCCAGCGUUUCCAGCAUGAGAUGUUUAUCACCCGGGGAAUGACCCUGGGCCCUGAAAGUAGCAAGUACCUAGAGACACGGGAGAAGCUGACCCGGCCACUGGUGCGGGUGUACCAAAGACAUGUUGGAACACAGCUGCCUGAACCGGCGAUCCUCAACCAGUCCACUGCAGAAUUAGAUCGCUCUAUAGAAGAUACAGCUGAUAAUAUCCAGCAACUAGAAGCAACUCGGCGUUACUUGCGUGAAUGCAUUCAUGAUAAACAAGCAGGCUAUGAUGUUGAUGGCAGUAUUAAACGGCUGCGACAGCGCCGAAUGCAGCCUCGCACCAACAUGAAAGAGGUACUUGAACUGGUCUACACCUAA